AUGCCCAUGAACGUUCUUCUAGCAGGAAUCGACACGUCUGCAAUUACAAUGACAUGGGCAAUGGCAGAACUUGCUAGAAACCAUAGAGUGAUGAAGAAAGUUCAAUCUGAAAUCAGAAACCAAAUGGGUAACAAAUCCAAGAUCAGCUUGGAUGACACAAAUGAGCUAAAUUAUCUGAAGAUGGUGAUAAAAGAAACAUGGAGACUACAUCCUCCAGCACCUCUUCUUGUCCCAAAAGAAGUAAUAUCUGAAUUUGAGAUCAAUGGCUACACGAUCCAACCCAAGACAUUGCUUCAUGUGAACGUUUGGGCUAUAGGGCGUGAUCCUGAUACAUGGAAAGACCCAGAGAUGUUUCUACCAGAAAGGUUUAUUGAUAGUAACAUUGAUACAAAGGGACAGCACUUUGAGUUGUUACCGUUUGGGGGUGGUCGGAGAAUCUGUCCUGCGAUUUACAUGGGAACAACAAUGGUGGAGUUUGGUCUUGCAAAUAUGUUGUAUAAUUUUAACUGGGAGUUACCAGAAGGCAUGGUGGUUGAAGAUAUCGACAUGGAAGAAGCUCCUGGUCUCACAGUCAGCAAGAAAAAUCAUCUUCUACUUGUUCCUGUUAAGUACUUGAACCGUUGAUCGCUUAAAGUACGUUCUUGAUCGAUUGUACCUUUUUAAAAACAGAACAUGCAAGAUCUUUUGUUCCUUUGUGUGUUGUCUUAUCGAUCGACGAAUUGUUCCUCGAAGUGUUUAAGAGAAUUUCCAAUAUUAAUAAUUUGUUUAUGUUUUGUAAUUUCGGUUUAUGUACAAAUAUCAAAUAUGUGUAUAUAGUUUAAUAUUGUAUCUUCAA